UUACAUUGCAGCAUGUUAAAUGUCACUUUCAAUAUUCAAAUGAGUUUAAAAAUAAUAUCGAAUUAUAACUUGAUAUGGGCAACAGUUGUUGUGCAAAAAGAAAAAUAAAAGGGCGUAUCGUACUUCUGUUAGUUGGUCUAGAUAAUGCAGGUAAAACGAAGGCAGCAAACACUCUGGCAGGUGAUCUUUUAAAUUCUCCUGUGCCUACAGUGGGAUUUUCUGUUGUUAAUCUCAAAUAUCUAUCCUAUAAUAUUAAAGUGUUUGAUCUUGGAGGAGGGCCUAACAUAAGAGGAAUUUGGAAACAGUACUUUGUCGAUGCCCAUGGAAUUAUAUUUGUUAUUGAUUCAAGUGAUUAUUCCCGAUUUGAUGAGGCAAAAUUUGUCCUUGAAGAUCUUCUACAUGACGACAAAAUUGCAGGAAAACCAGUUCUUCUCUUGGCAAAUAAACAAGAUCACAAAAAUGCACUGGAUGAAAUUGACAUCAUUGAAUAUUUAAAUAUUGAACAAUUGGUAAAUUUGUGCAAGUGUCCUACAUUGGUGCAGAGUUGUUCAGCCUCGGAAAAAACCAGUAACAAACUAGAUCCAGGUAUCCAAAAAGGUUACGAAUGGUUAAUGGAAAGUAUUAUUAAAAAUUAUGACACGUUAAAUAAAAGAGUACAAGACGAUGUUAGAGAACAAGAGAAGAAAGAAAGGGAAGAGAUGCUGGAAAAGAUUAAAAGAAUAAAGGCUAUGCAAGAAAUCGAGCAAAAGAGAAAGGACGAGGACGCUAUCGAGUUGUACUCGGAUUACACACGUAAACUAAACAGCAAUGAAAAGAACAAUCAGAUUCCCAUCGACGUCGCCACGAGGGACGAUAAUGGCGACGACUCGAGUGAAAAUUCUUCUAUAUCAUUCCCUCCCGUAUACCAUAACAACAUUAACGAUAGUGCCUUAUCCGACAGACCAAAAUCCGCAGUACAAAUAGUAAAACAUCAGUUACAACUCAAUAGUGGUAUAAAGAGGACCUCGUUGAAAUCGAGAAAUAAUAAAACGGCCCCGAUGAACUUGUACGGAAUUAAGUUGUCACAUUCCGCUAAAGAAAGACAAAAAGAGUUUACCAGUCAGAGGCGUAAUUUGAGAUCGGCGGACGAUUGUUUAUUUACCAUCAGCAGCAAGAUGCCCGUUACCAAUUUUGACCACGUCAGAUGUAUCGGUAACAACCACCACGGGGAUCAUAUUCAUUUAAAUAAUCACGAUAAAGUGAACAAGUUACCUCCCUUAAAUAUAAAGAGUAAAGAUGUGCCUUGGAUUCAUAAAACGCUAAAUGGUGAUAACGUUAUAAGUGUUGUAGAUGUUGAUUAGUUUACAGUUAUAAAUGUACUUUUAUAUAGCGUAAAAAUAUUUUCUAGUUGUUUUUUAAUGUAUUUUUAUAUGCACCGUAAAUCACGAUCUC